UCUACUUUCAACUUGAAAGAAAGUCUUGGCUGCUGAUAGCGUAGAUAACUCCAAAUGUGUACAGCCAAGGAUGUGACUGCAGAAAGGACUGCAGAUCAUUCAGCAUUUUCUGUUGGGAUUUUCACAGAUGAGAGACUUCAAAUUCCCGAGGGACAUCCUACAGGUGUGCAGCCAAAUUCAUAGCUUUGUGCAGCCCCCUGCAGCACUAUUACAUUGCAGAGUGUCACUGUGGUUGGUUCCGGUUCAAUUUCCAAGUGGGGUGCUUUCUGUGAGGCAUUUGCAAUGUCUUUACAGAGUCAGAAAGGGACUAACCAUACAGUCUUUUCUUGCUGAAGGCUUGUUACCACAGAUACUGCCCUACUAAGGGAAUGUGCUAUCAGAGGCAGUGCAAACAGUUUGCUCUGGGCUUUCCUUUGCUUUUAAAAAGCUACCUUACUCUGGAGGUAAAAUAAUGUCUUCAGGACUGUUAGCAUUUCCUUGAAAAAAGAAAAGAACAAGAAGAGAAGUAGAAACCGUUUUUGAAAACUGAAUUGUCUGUUUUUUUAUAAAAAGGCUUUUCCUUACUUGUGCAAAGAGCAUGAUGCACUGUCUUCAACUUUGUAUCCUCCAUCAAGAAAACUUUGUCUAAGAGAUAUAUAGUGUAUGCAGUGAUUUACAUUCAGUAGCAAUUUCCCGUGUUCCCGACUGAGAAGAGAUGUUGGUAGGCUCACCAAGCCUUCGGAUAAAUGACUCUUUUUUGUUACCAAAUGAUUCCAAUCAGGAUGGACAACGGUGUCCCAACAGCACAGACUCUUCCAGCCCUCCAUUUCUGCUUGAUGCUUGGCUAGUUCCACUUUUCUUUGCCAUGCUGAUGGUGGUUGGCUUGGCUGGCAAUUCUCUGGUCAUUUAUGUAAUUUCGAAGCAUACCCAGAUGCGAACAGUGACCAACUUCUAUAUUGCCAAUUUAGCCACGACAGACAUCAUCUUUCUUGUGUGCUGCGUACCUUUCACAGCCAUGCUCUACCCACUGCCAAGCUGGAUCUUUGGAGAGUUCAUGUGCAAGUUUGUCAAUUACAUCCAACAGGUAUCAGUACAAGCAACAUGUAUCACCCUAACAGCAAUGAGUGUAGAUCGGUGGUAUGUGACAGUGUAUCCACUGCGGUCCCUUCGACAACGCACUCCACGUGUUGCUGCAGCUGUAAGCCUUGGCAUCUGGAUUGGUUCCUUCCUGGUGUCUAUCCCAGUGCCAAUGUACCACAAGAUUAUGACUGGCUGCUGGUUUGGGCCUCAGACAUACUGCACUGAAGCCUUUCCUUCUAUUACCCAUGAGAAGGCCUUCAUCCUCUAUAAUUUCUUAGCAGUGUUUCUGCUGCCAUUGGUUACUAUCUGUAUCUGCUACACUGCUAUGUUGUAUCAGAUGGGACAUCCUACAGUGGAGCCGGUGGAUAAUAACCACCAGAUUCAGUUGCUGACUGAACGUUCUGAAGCUAUACGGGCAAAAAUCUCUCGGAUGGUUGCUGUGAUGGUUCUCCUCUUCACAAUCUGCUGGGGUCCUAUUCAGCUCUACAUCUUGUUCCAAGCCUUUGGGACAAGUUUUCAGAAGAAUUACUACACGUAUAAAGUGAAGAUCUGGGCACACUGCAUGUCAUAUACCAACUCCUCCGUCAACCCCAUUGUCUACGCCUUCAUGGGAGCUAACUUUCGUAAGGCAUUUAAAAAAGUUUUCCCCUUUAUCUUCAAGCAGCGUGUUGGCAACUUGACUGAAGCCAAUGUACCGGCCAACACUGAGAUGCAUUUUGUCUCUUCAUAAACUCCAUUUAAGAAAACUAAUCACCAAAAGAAAGUAUCACUUGCUUCAGAUAAAAGCUCACCUUCAUUCUUAGCUGAUAUGAGAAGAACAUAACUUGCUGAUCUUGACAUUACAUAAACAAGCAAAGUGUAAACAGUACUGUUGAAAUUUACUUUAUGUGAUAGUAGCCUCUCCCUAACCAGUAGUUUGAAUAAAUGUUAUGUUUUUAAAGUUGUUUUGUUGCUGUUACAUAUUUGCACCUCAUUUAACAGAAGGCAAAAAGGCAAAAGGCAAAAAAAAAAAAAGAAUAAAAUUAAGACAAUGUGUAGAAUGCAAAAUAUGCCAUUUUAGAAGGAAAAUGAUUUCAGCUGCAUAGUAUGUGCAGAGGUUAAAAUAAUUGGCUAUGCAAUGAAGGUCUCUAAUAUAUUUUAUAGCAGCAUUCAGGAGUAAUUUUGUUUGUUAAAGAAACAUUCAUUGACAAGGACUAGACUCACCAUGUAAUACCAUUUCUGAGGUGAGAAGGACUAUAAUUCUGUACACAAAUUCUUUGCUUAUUUUAUUUAUUUAUACUUUGUUUACCAGAUUAGUCCUACUAGAGUAGUAGCAUCUUUUCAGGGGAGAUCUGACAUGGUAUUUAUACUACUAGGGGAAAUUUGGCCAGGGCAUCGGGGAAACUCCCCCUACUCUUUUUUGAUUAGUGCCAUGGGAUCUUUUCUUCCACUUGAGCGACCACAAACUCAAGCAGAUGGGGCUUCUGUUUAACAUGUCAUCCGAAGGAUGGCACCGUAAUAAGUGCAUCACCCUCCCCAUGCUACACUGCAGUGUCACAUAUUCAAGCUGCCCUCACCUCAGCAAUUGAUCAACCUGGUGUAGGAAUAGAACCCACAGCCUUCUGCACCAAAGGCAAGUGUGCUACCGCUUGUACCACUGAUGCUGACUUAUGCAGGUAAGAAGAUCUGGCUCAGUAUUUUUACCUUCAGUAUCUAUUCUGAAGAAUGAAUAAAUGGCAGGACUAAAUGAAUGAUGUCCUGUGAGGAAUUUAUGUAACAGAAGGUGUUUGCAAUGUUUAACUCAAAGUUUACAGAAGAGUAGGUCCUCAUUUAUAUAUAUUGCCACUUUACACUUACUCUCCCUUGUCUGUCUUUCUUAAACAACCAAUAGCCAGGAACCUCCACACCCAAUCCCUCUUGUCACUGGCUCAUAGUUUUAUGAUGUCAGCAAUGUCCAUCCUCCUCAUUUGCAUCAGUACUUACAGCUCUCCAUCUUAACAUUGCAGAAUAAUACCUCACAACUAUGUUCCAAUUCACACUUGUUUCCUUCUCUGCUAUGUCCUUUUUACCGUUUGUCUGGUGCCUAAAUAUUUACCAACCUCUUAUGUUUCUGACAUUCUCUUUCCAUCUUAGCUUAAAGGUACGGUCAUUGAGCUGUACCUUCUCAACACAGCAAUAUGCAUCACUGUCCCUUCAGGUUAAGAUACAGCUUAUUACUUACAUACAGCCAGUUUCUCUGCCAGGUCUCCCCGUCUGUCCUACUACCCAUCCCAAACUUUUCUCCCUUGCCCAUCCUUUGUCCAUUGCCCAUUGCCCAUUGCCACAUCUAGUCAAUACACUCCGUAAUGCUCUCUUCUCUGUGUGCUAGCUGCUACUAGAUGCAAAAGUUCCAAGAAUACUAGCUCCAACCACCUCUCCUGGCACUUCUCUGUCACUUCCUUGGACCUGUCUGCUGCCACCUGUGUCCUUCGAAUGAUUACUGGUGCUUAUAGCCACCACAACUUGUAUCCCCCCAAUGACAGUGGCAGUUUGUGACUUCACAUACAAGUGUAUGUGUGUGUAUGGGAGGGAGGGUGAAGGAAACAACUGAAUGGGUGGCGCAAAUGAGAAUAACAUAGGGCUCUAUUACAGCAGGUAAAUGACCAUUACCUGUGAUUCAAUAAUAGCUGGGAUCAUUCACUUUCAUCCACAGACUCAGGCUGUAUAUGCUCUGUGGACCAUCAUAAAGCUUUUUUACAACCUUUUGAUCUAAUGAUGGCCUGAACAAAAAGUAAUGAGUAAGGAAAAAAUAAUCUUAUUUUUUUUAAUAUUCAAAUGUAACAAAAUAGUACUUCCCAAAUAAACUGAGAAGAAAAAUGCCUGCAAGGACAUAUGAAUCCUAUCUGGUAAUAGUGCAUGGAAUUCUACUCCUCUGACAACAAAAACUGUGCACCCCUGCCAUGUUAGACUGGGAUAAAAGGAAAAGUAGAAAUGAGCAGAGACAUAAACACAUGCAUAUAUAUGUAUAUGGAACCCCUACACAAUGCUUACAUUCCAGAAUGCCGACAACCAUGUGUUUUGAACAUUCAGGAUUGUGGACUCAGUCAAAUGAACUUCAGUAUUUUGAGCUUUCAGUCAUGUGAAGUGGACCCAUACAU